AUAUUCUAAAAAAUAAUAAAUAAUAACGAACUCGCGUCGUGAUCUAAGAAAGCUAAAGAAAGUGAGAUGAGAUUUCGUACGAUCGGUUUUUGACAAAUUCUUUUGGUGUCGGUGUCGCCUAACGUUUGCACUUUCGAGAUUGGUUUGAGGUUUGAGGCACAAAAAACAACACAACAACAGCGAGAAGGUCGUCGCCGGUAAACAGCAACAAAGUAAACGCGAUGCAUUAGUGUGAUUUUUUUUGCGUGUGUGGGGGUGUCAGCGUUUGCCCGAAAAUAUUUACCGUUCAAACAACAGCAAAAGCCGGCAAAGAGUCGUCCGCUCUCUCUCUCUCUCGCUCUCGUUGUAUCGGGCUUACUCUCUCUCUCGCUGUGCAAACUGCUUCCCGCCGCCCCGCCGCACUAUUGUGAUAAGCUUUUUUUUCCGGGUGCAAAGCAAAAAAAAGCAACAACAUGUGUGCCACCAUGCAAAAACAACAGCAGCAACAAUGUCCGCCCUGCAGAAGAAGAACAGCAACAAAUGGCCUCCUUGUGAUACUCAGCUGCCUUCUGCUCCUGCUCCUGCCCAGCCACCCAGUGACGGCCCAGGAGGGUAUCGCCCCCGCAUCCCCCCCUCAGGUGGCCGCUCUGGCAGCCCCGAGUCCCGCCGCCGGGGGCGCCCCCUCCAUCCUCGAUCAGUUCAGCCCCAACUGCAGCGCCGUGACGCACAUCUUCCAGGGCAGGGGUAUCGAUGCCAAUGAGAUACCGCAAAAGCCCAGUAACGAACGCGUCCUGCGCUACUGUGAAUCCCCGUCGGUGGGUACCUGCUGCACCUACAACAUGGAGACCCGCAUGGCGAUGCAGUCGCGCCAGCAGCUCGAGGGCCACACCAAGGAGCAGAUCACCCGAAUGUCGGGCAUACUGGGCAGCAAGGCCGUCAAAUUCAAUGAUAUUUUCAGCGAACUGCUGGUGGAGUCGAAGGCCCAGUUCCACACGAUGUUCAUGCGUACCUACGGAGUGAUCUACCAGCAAAAUUCGUACGUCUUCUCGGAUCUGUUCAAGGAGCUGGAGAACUACUUCGCCCGCGGCCGGGUCGAUCUGAUGGAGGUCAUGGACAAGUUCUUCAACACGCUCUACCAGAAGAUGUUCACCGUCCUGAACACCCAGUACGCCUUCGACGAGAAAUACAUGCGGUGCGUCAGCGAGCACAUGAAGGAGCUGAAGCCAUUUGGGGAUGUGCCGGACAAGCUAUCCGUUCAGAUCAAACGCUCCUUUGUGGCCACACGCACCUACGGACAGGCCCUGGCCACGGCGGCCGAUGUGGCCAAGAAGGUUCUCAAUAUACGCCUCAAUGCCGACUGCACGGGCGCGUUGACCAAGAUGCAACACUGCGGCGCCUGCAAGGGAUACACGGAGAAGCCCUGCACCAACUACUGCGUGAACGUGAUCAAGGGCUGCCUCCACUACCAGCACGAGUUCGACGGCGAGUGGGAGAACUUCGCCCUGGCCAUGGACAAGGUGGCCGAGCGGCUGCUCGGCUCCUUCAACAUCGUCAUGGUCGUGGAGCCCCUGAACAUCAAGAUAUCCGAGGCCAUCAUGAACUUCCAGGACUCUGGCCAAGACAUCACCAACCGCGUGUUCCAGGGCUGCGGCAGACCCACUCUGAGACGAGCCAAGCGUUCCGUUCACCCCAAGCUCCAGGCAGUCCAGGAACUCCAUGUGGAGAGCCCCGCCGAGGCUGACACCCUGGACAUAGACGCCACAUUGGAUGAGGCGAUUGUGCUGCGAGAGCGGAGAGCUGCAGAGCCAGGCUCCCAGGAAAGCUCCGUCUCACAGCAGUCCCAGGAGCAGGGCGUGGGCAAGAAUGGUGGAAACAAUGGUGGAGCUGGAGGCGGAGGAGGAGGAGGAGGUGGCGGUGGCAACAACCGUCGCCAACAGCAGCGUCGGAAGCAACAACAGCAGCAGCGACGCAAGCAGCAGAACAACCGCAACGACAACGACGACGAUGAGAACGAGAGCGGAGGCGGCGGACGCGAGCCGAUACUGGACAGGAUCGUGCGGGACAUUCGGCAGCGGGUGAAGGAAUACAAGAAGUUCUGGUCGAAUCUACCGCACUCCAUAUGCAGCAAUGAGGACAUAGCUGCCAGCUCCGAUGUGGAUGUUUUGUGCUGGAAUGGACACACCAUCGAUAGAUAUAUGCACUCGAUCACAACGGAGCACGGCUCCAACCCGGAGUUCAGUGGCAACCCGGCCAACACCCGGCAAACGGCUCAGAUGUCCUCGCAGCUGUUCCACCUGAAGAACGCCGUCAGCCACCUGCGCAAUGCCUACAACGGUCAGGACGUGGAGUGGAGUGAACAGGAAGAGCCGUAUUUGGGCAGUGGAGCUGGUUCGGGUUCCGGUUCAGAGGACGACGAGGACGAUGACGAGGGCUCUGGCCUGGGUCCUUUCGAGCCGAGCCACAAACCCGAUGUGGACCGACCCUCGGUGGAUGCCGACAACGAUGACGACGAGGAUGGCCAUCCUCAGAUUCCCACACACACAUCCCGGCCGAAUGUGGACGAGAAGAACCCCUUGGUCCAUCCCACGCACUUCGAUCAUAACGAUCUCGACGAUGAUCAGCAUGGUGAGGGCGACGACGACGACGAUGAGCUGGAGGGAGGGCAUGGCGACGGCGAUUCGAAUGCCGAUGGCGACGCCACUCGCUCGUCCAGUGCACCGGAGAAGAUGACGCUACGUCGCGCUCUGGUUGUCUAUUUGCUGCCUCUCUAUAUGGCGUGGUUCGGUGGCGUCUGCGCCGAUUUGCUGUGAUUAAUCAAUGUGCGACCUCGCAACCUGGAGCUCCCGCCUCCCGCCCCCACACCACACCUCUCAGUCAUUCAUCCGUGAAACAAAAAACAAAAGAAAACGUUAUUAGGAGAACUACAACUUUAUAUACGAAAUGCGAGUCCAAAAUUUUAUAAAAACUUUUGAUGGAAGCAAUCAAAAUGCAAUCAAUCGGGAUAGGAUUAGGUGUAGGCGUAAGCGUGCCAGCUUAGGAGGAUAAGAAUUUAGAGGAGGAGCGAGAGAAUACGUAACGAUCCCCCAAUAUAGUUCACUAAGAGCCCCACUACCCCUGCCCCAGCCUAGUUCUAAGUGCGAAAUUCUAUUUUCUAAGUGAGAGAGUGAGAGAGCGAGAGAGCGCGUGAAUGUGUUGAAUGAAUGCAAGUGAAUGAAUGUGAGUACGAGUGCGAGUGCAAGUGAGUGCCUGUUCAAUGUGAUCGUUUAGCAAAAAUUAACUAUAAACUGUGUAGCCCCUAGAGACCUAAGCGAUAAACACACACACCUACAAUUAUAAUUUGUAUUAUAUUUAUGCAUAUAGAGAACAGCACAGCACAGCACUGCACACACCUCUGUCUGUCUCAGAGCGAAAUCAAUUAACCCGAAAAUUGAAAGCAAUAACUAAUGUCAACCGUAACACUGACCCCUAACCUGAGUUAAUCCUUAGUCGACUUAUCGUAUGGCCAUAGAAAAGGGUCCGUCCCCUCAUUUGUAUCUUUCAUAGACACCCCUUAACAAAAUAUAUGUAUCCUUAUAUAAAUGUAUUUAUAUGGGUUGUUUGCGUGUGUGUUGCCUAGACUUUUGCCAGAAAAAAAACGCAUUUCAACUAAACACACUUCGUAAGCCUAAAUAUUUAUUCUAAUUUUUUGAUUUUGAAUAUUAAAAAGAAAAGA